UCCACCAAUCAACAAAACUGAAAACAGAGCGUAAAAGGCGAGAGCUUUUUCUUCCUCGACUCCGAGAGAAUCCAUGGAAUUACCAGAGGAAUGCUGGGAAUUGAUCUGUAAAUCCUUCGAUCACCAUCGCUACUAUGAAUCUCUUUCACUUGUAUCCACCUCCUUUCUCUCCGUCACCGACCGCAUCCGCUCCUCUCUCACCAUCACCGACCAGACCGUCCCGUUCCUACCUCGGCUUCUCCGUAGGUUCCGGAACCUGAGGCGCAUCAGGUUCCGUGACUUCCGGGGGAAUAUUGAUUCGGUUCUUAUGCAGGUUUCGCUAUCUGGGUUGGAUCUCGAAACGGUUGAUUUGUCGGGAAUGGAGAGUUUUCCGGAUUUGGCGAAAUCAGUGUUGAAGAUGCUGAAUUUGAAGGAAUUGAUUUGUUCUGGAGCUAAGGGUUUAGGAGACGGCGAUUUGGUAGCGAUCGGAACGUGUUUCCCGUCUCUCCAGGAGCUGGACAUUAGCUAUCUCGAGACCAGACAUGGUUGUCCUUCGAGCCCUGUCUCUGAUUCUGGGGUUAUCAGUCUCUCUUCAAAGCUCAAGAGACUAUCGAAGCUCAAUUUAUCUGGUAUUCAUUUCAUCACUGAUAGAUCUUUGAUUUCUCUGUCUCAGAAUUGUGUUCUUUUGAGAGAAGUCAUUGUUCGUGAUUGCGACUUCAUCACAACUGAUUCCAUUAGUUUCGUUCUACACAAUUCUCAAAACUUGGAAUCUCUUGUUGUCACCGGAAUUGGGUUGAAUCCGAGGGAAACCUUUUCGUUUGCUGGAGAACUAUCCGAGCUUGAGCUCUCGGAUUCGUUUAUAUCUGAUGAGUUGCUCUGUUUGAUGGCUAAUGCUAACUUCCCUCUUAAGAAACUUGUUCUCUCCAAUUGCUACUGUUUCACCUUUGACGGGAUACUGCUUUUGUUAUCGAAGUACCAAAACCUUGUUCACCUGGAUCUCGAAGGAUCCACCUUUCUCUCUGAUGAGAUGAUUAUGGAAUUAGGAAUGUACAUUAGGGGGUUAACCUUUGUGAACCUUAGUUUCUGUUCCAAGUUAACCGGUCUGGUAUUCUUCUGCAUCAUUGAGAAUUGUCUUCGGCUGAAGUGCAUGAAAAUGGAGGGGACAAAUUUUGGAGUGGAGGAGUUUUCCAAGGAACUGGGUAUCAAGUCGGGGAUGAAGUCUUUGCAAAUAGCUAGAAACAACAAUUUGCAUGAUGAAUGUCUGAAGAGGAUAGCACGUCAAUGCCCGUAUCUUGAGUUGGUCAAUGUGGCACAGUGUCCUGGUAUCACGGGGGAUGGGAUUGUUGAAGUUGUGAAGAAUUGCCAUGAACUAAGCUCUUUGGAUAUCAGCAGAUGUUCUGGCAUUAAGAGUCUCACUGUAAAUUUUGAUCUUCCAAAGUUGGAGACUUUGAAAGCAUGUGGGACUUGGAUUGAUGACGAGGUCCUUCAUAUAAUCAGCAAGAGAUGUCGGGGUCUGCUGUAUCUUGAUCUGGAGGACUGUUUGAAUGUGACUUCGAGAGGGGUUAAGGAAAUUGUGCCGAGCUGUUUGAGUUUGAGAGAGCUAAAUCUUAGGCAUUGUGAAGUUAGUGAAAAGGUUUUCACUUGGAUGGUGUGUGCAAGUUCUUCUUUGAGAAAGAUAGUUCCGCCAUCUGCUUUGUUUUCUACUAAAAGUCUGAGGAAUUUCUUCCUGCGUCAUGGAUGUGUUAUUUGCAUAGACAGAGAAGAGAGCAUAUUCGCUCCACAUAUACCAUAAAUUCUUCCUAUGUAGUUUUUCUAUCUUUCCCCCAAAUGAUUCUGCUAAAUCUUGAUAGCUGAGAUCCUUGUACAUCUGUUUCCUAUUCUCAUCAAUUGCUUUCUGUUGCAUGUCGUUUUAUGAAAUGAAAUGUAAUUGUUGAUAUAAAGAAAGAGUUCAAAGUGAAGGAUUUAUUUCACCUGGAUAAGAGAGACAGGUUGACGAAGAUAUGACUAUGACAAUGGCUAGACUGAUCAUUGACAUUUGUGGAGCUCUUGGGCUGAGAAGAUGCCCUUCUAAGAAGGUAAUAACUAUAUUGUUUUAGUUAGAGUCAUUUCAGUAUCCAGAUUUAUUUGGUGCUUGAUAAGAUGGUAUUUAGUUGAACAUCUGAAACUCCUGACAAUAUCUCUGAAAGGUGCUCCUGUUGUGGAAAUAUUUCUAAGCAUCCACAGAUUGGUAAGAUGCACACAAGUUCUAGCUCUCAAGGAAUGUCUGUCAGAAUCAGAUAGCAUAUUCUUUGCGGUAACUUUGAGUAUUCUCCGUGACCUCACAAUACGCGACUCUGACAUCUCGGAGAUAGAGGUAGAAGUAAUGGAGGCAAGGAGGUUUAGCCACCUUAUUUUCGGAGUCUGAGCAACCCAUGUUUCCAGAACCUCUCAAACGUGUCUAUAUACAACUGCAAAGGUCUGAGAGAAUUGACAUGGCUACUCUUUGCUCCAAAUAUCAUUUCUCUUCGGGUGGUUGAGUCCUCAGAAAUUGAAGAGAUCAUAAACAGGUCGAAGGCAGAGAGUACGCAUUUUCCGAAACUGACAUUCCUCUUGUUGGAAGAUCUUAGCAAACUAUGGAGGUUCUACUGGUGUCCUCUGCCCUUUCCUGAUCUAAGGGAAAUCUUAGUAACUGGAUGUACCCUUCUAAGGGAACUUCCACUGAAUUCAGACAGCGCCGAGAGCAAAACCUCGUCAUAAACGCUGAGAGAGCAUGGAUUGCAAGACUUAGAUGGGAGGACGAAGCUACUAUGAAGCAGUUUUACCGAUCUUGAAUGGUCCUUUACCUCAUCUCUCUCUCUCUCUCUCUCUCUCUCUGGUUUCAACUUCUGUUUUUUGUGCGCGGGAUUUUUCUCAGUUUCUUGUUUGUCCAAAUUUUGUUGUUGUUGUAUGUGUUCAGAUUGUUUCUUGAUUGAUUCUUGCUACAUCUCUGGACUUCAGAAUUUGCUGUUGCUGCUGUUGAAUUUCUGUUGUUGGAUUUUGCUGUUGAUGA